CAUUACGCCACCGGCAGGGGCCAGAAACCUAGACAGCAGCAAAGAUGGGUUACGUCAAGGUCGUCAAGACCUCGGCCUACUUCAGCCGCUUCCAGGUGAAGUACCGCCGGAGGCGCGAGGGCAAGACCGACUACCGCGCUCGUCUGCGCCUGGUUAAGCAGGAUAAGAACAAGUACAACACGCCUAAGUACCGGCUGGUGGUGCGCUUCAGCAACCGCGACGUUACCUGCCAGAUUGUUCGCUCCACUAUUAAGGGUGACAUUGUGGAGGCCGCAGCUUACGCGCACGAGCUGCCCGACUACGGCCUUAAGGCUGGCCUGACCAACUACUCUUCUUGCUAUUGUGUUGGCCUGCUGGUCGCUCGCCGGAUUCUGACCAAGUUCAACCUGGCUGAGCACUAUCCCGGCCAGGAGGAGCCCGAUGGUGAGGACUUCAACGUCGAUCCUGUUGAGGACGGGCCCCGCCCCUUCUACUGCCUUUUGGACACUGGUUUGAAGCGCACCUCGACUGGAUCCAAGGUGUUCGCCUGCCUGAAGGGCGCGCUGGAUGGUGGCCUGGAUAUUCCCCACAACGAGAAGCGCUUCGUGGGCUAUGAUCGCAGCAGCAAGAAGUUUGAUCCUGAGAUCAUGAAGAAGUACAUUUUCGGUGGCCACGUCGCUGAAUACAUGGAGGAGAUGGAGGAGGAGGAGCCGGAGAAGUACACGAAGCACUUCUCUAAGUUCCUCGAGGAGGAUAUCAGUGGCGGUGACCUGGAGGAUCUGUACGCGGAGGUGCACAAGAACAUUCGCGAGAACCCAGUGAAGGAGAAGAAGCCCCGCACGAAGCCCGCCACCCAGGAGCGCUGGCACGAGCAGAAGCUGACUCUGGAGCAGCGCCGUGAGAACCUGAAGCAGAAGCUGGCCACCCUGAUGGACGAUGACGAGUGAAUCUUUCACAAGUUUCCUGCAUGUCCACAUUGACCACGAUCUUGGCAUGUCGUACACCGGUCAUGCGGUACAUUAGGCAUGUGCUGGCUUCGUGUAGAUGCGUUCAUGUAACCUAGGGGGCUUUCCACCAUGUAACUGUUCUUUCUGCUGG